UUUGGGCUCGCUUUCAUUAGAAGAGAAAACCCAGUUCAAACGUGUUGAGCUAGUGACUUGGCCCGAGUUGAAAGAAAUUUAAGGUCCAAGGCAGAUCUAGAGUCUAACGUUUUUAUUGUAUUACACAGCGUUGAAGUGGGAUAAUGAAGCUUACGUCUAUCGUCAUCCUGACCGCACUUAUUUACUACCAGGAGAAAUAUCGCUCGGUUUCUGCCUACAACCAAACCGUAACUACCACAACGACCCACGCUCCGUCUAUGGCAAAACCCACUCCGUCUAUGGUUUGUGUUAGAAAUGGCAUAGACGGGCUCGACGGAAUGAAUGGGAAAGACGGCAAGGAUGGAAAAGAUGGAAAAGAAGGGAAACAGGGCAAGCCUGGAGUCUGCAAUUGCACGCUUGUGCAGCUGCAACGCGCAUUCAGCAAACCCUCGAUUCAUCUGGACGGGAAGACAAGAAAAGUCCAAAGAAUUAGAGCCGGAAAAGCACUAGAUGUCUGGGAUUACCAAAUCGAUACAGGACACAUAUCCGGCGGAAUGAUGUACUCUAAAGGGAUACUUAAAGUCCCUCUGAGCGGACUCUACACAAUCUACUCUCAAAUCUACUACACCUCCAAGACUUAUUCAGGCCGUCACGUAAUCCGCAUAAAUAACCAGACAGUUGCGUUAUCAGAAGCAAGAGGACUCAUGGUCGCAGGCAGUGCCAUUACCUUGGGUGGUUUUCAUGUGAAUAAAGAUGAUGAAAUCUCGGUCGCUGUGGUGUAUGAUGCCGAAAUCUUUACUGGGAAAUGGCACACCUUUUUUGGCGCGCAUUUGAUUUGAGUCGAGUCUGACACGAUAUUCACGAACCACUUUAACUCUCUAUAGGAUAGCCCAAGAUCGAGUAGUCAGUUUGUUGAACGUUAUAUAAUGUUAAAUUUGCAUGUUGAUGACUUGAAUAAAAGACACUAAGGAAAAUCA